CUAAAACCUUAAACUCUGCCACUGUCUCCCUCCCCACACCACCACCGCCCGCCGACGCCGGCCGAACAACGCCGUCAAACACAUCCGGCAACAACUGAAAAGUGUUUGUUCAACAACAAUGGUUUUUGUUGAUAUUGAGCCAAAGUUUGGUGUUUGAGACAUGUUGUCAAAUGUUCACAAAGGCUUGUUUUGCUUAAGAAACCCCUCAACUACUUACCCGAUUAACGCGAUUAUGAGCAGGGCAUUGCGCACUAAUGCAUGUGAAAGACUUUUUGAGGUUGAUUUGAGAAAGGUCACAGUAUCAUGCAUCUUUAAUGGUGGACGUGUUAAAGCUUCUAGCCUCAAGCCUCAGAACACUUAUUUCCAUUUUGGAAAUCAAACUAAAUUCUCCUUUUCUUCUCCCCCUUUUCAACCAAAACUAAGUAGAGGUUCCCCAAGUUACAUGCUGCCAAUGAAUACAAUCCAUUAUGGUCUAAUGAAUGGUGGCUUUGGAUUAUUUGCACCCUAUAAAGGUGCUUUUUCCCUGAGGCAUUUUUCUCAGGCUUCAAGAGCUGUAGUACCUACAAAUGUAGCAUCUGAUGGAGAAAAAAGCAGGAAAAGUGCAUCCUUUCUUGCAUUUAAUAAGCAUUGGAAACAAUCUAAGAGUUUGACGCACAAGAAGCCUUUAGAAAUUAACGGAAAAACACAUCCUAAAUCUAGUGUAAAGGCUGUUAAGAACGAUGGUGUAUACGUAUUGAACGAGCCACCUGUUGAAGAUGGCAAGACUGAAGUGAAUUCUGCUGUCAAUGAAGGUCAAGUUCCUAAAACUAAAACGAAAAAAAAGCAGCAGCCAAAAAUAAAGAAAUCCCAGGAGAAGUCUACCGCUGCUUCUGAGGAAUUAGUUCUACAAGAAAGUUCCAAAAAAGUUUCUCCAACAAAAAAGUCCAAAUCCUCCAAAAGCAAUUCGGGGACUCUUGCAGAGGUUUCCUUAAAAGAAAAACCCCUCAUUGAAGUCGGUUUGGAAAAGGAACAGUCCAAAGGGACAACUACCAAGACUCAUAAGAAAAAACCCAAAAAAGCGGCCAAGUUAUCUACUGAACCUAAGGACACACCGGAGAAGUCAAACGUCAGUGAGUUAGCUUUAAAGUCAAAAACUCAAUCAAGUGUUGCUAAAAGGACAAUAAGGCCAUUGUAUCCUCCCUCUGGUAGAUCUGUCGUGGUCGUGGAGUCUGUCACAAAGGCAAGAGUGAUUCAGGGGUAUCUUGGGGACAUGUUUGAAGUUCUUCCUAGCUAUGGUCAUGUAAGGGACUUGGCUGCAAGGUCAGGAUCUGUGCGACCUGAUGAUGAUUUCAGCAUGGUUUGGGAGGUUCCUUCUGCUGCCUGGACUCAUCUUAAGAGCAUCAAGGUCGCAUUAGCCGGAACCCAGAAUCUUAUACUCGCAUCAGAUCCUGAUCGCGAGGGUGAGGCUAUUGCUUGGCACAUUAUUGAGAUGCUGGAACAACAAAAUGCUUUGCCCGAAAAUAUCAACGUAGCCCGAGUUGUGUUUAAUGAAAUUACCGAAUCUUCCAUUAAAGAAGCCUUGCAAGCUCCAAGAGACAUCGAUUUCAACUUGGUCCAUGCUUAUCUUGCACGACGUGCGCUUGAUUAUUUAAUUGGAUUUAACAUUUCUCCAUUAUUGUGGAGAAAAUUACCGGGAUGCCAGUCCGCGGGUCGGGUCCAAUCUGUAGCGUUAGCUCUUAUAUGUGACCGGGAAACAGAAAUUGAUCAAUUUAAACCACAAGAGUACUGGACUAUCGAAGGUGAGUUUACUCUCGAAAAGGGUUCUAGAAACAUUUCGUGCCCGGCACACUUGACACAUUAUGAUUUCAAAAAGCUAAACCAAUUGUCGGUUUCUUCUCAUUCGGAGGCUAGUGUUAUUGAGAACCUGAUCAAAUCUUCAGUGUUUAAAGUAACUGGAACAAGUAAAAAGAAGUAUAAGAAAACAGCCUCACCUCCAUAUAUAACAUCUACCCUUCAACAAGAUUCUGCAAGUAAACUACACUUUGCAUCAUCAUACACUAUGAAACUGGCACAGAAGCUGUAUGAGGGAGUUAAACUGCCUGAUGGCAAAUCAACAGGGUUGAUUACGUACAUGAGAACCGAUGGAUUACACAUGUCAGAUGCAGCUGUUGAGGAAAUCAGGUCAUAUGUAACAGAAAGAUAUGGGAAGAACUAUAUCCCGAAUAAUGCUCGGAAGUUUUUUAAAAAGGUAAAAAAUGCUCAAGAGGCCCAUGAAGCGAUUAGACCUACGGAUAUAAGAAGGCUACCGUCAAUGCUUUCUGAAAUUCUUGAUGAAGAUAGCUUAAAGCUGUAUACAUUAAUAUGGGCUCGUGCAAUUUCAUGUCAAAUGGAACCUUCGAUUACUGAACAAAUACAAGUUGAUGUAGGAACUGCUAAUGAGUCGAUUAUUUUUCGUGCCACGAGCUCGAGAAAGGAUUUUCCUGGGUACCAGGCUGUAUAUAAGGAUAUUGAGAGUAAAUUAAUUAGAAAUGAUGCAGAUCAAGACGAGCAUAACGGGCCUUUUGAGGUUCUUAAUGAUCUGAAAUCUGGGGAUCUGAUGGGUCUCAUGAAUUUAGAACUUAAGGAACAUCAUACCCAACCUCCACCACGGUAUUCAGAGGGUUCAUUGGUAAAAAAGAUGGAGGAGCUAGGGAUUGGUAGACCAUCUACUUAUGCAACCACAAUUAAGGUUUUGAAAGAUAGAAACUAUGUGACCCUAAAAAGUCGAGUUCUUUAUCCGGAAUUUCGUGGGCGUAUGGUGUCCGCCUUUUUGCUUCAUCAUUUCUCUGAGGUUACGGAUUAUAGUUUUACAGCUGAUAUGGAGACUGAACUUGAUAAUGUUUCGGGGGGUAUGACAGAAUGGAAAGGUUUGCUUAGAGAUUAUUGGACAAGAUUUAGCAAGUAUUGUGAACGGGCUAGUAAUGUUCAUAUUCAUCAGGUGGAAAAGAUGUUGGAGAAAACAUUUGGUGAUUUUCUAUUUGCUUCUCUUCCUGACCAAAGUAGAAUGUGCCCAAGCUGUAAGGAGGGUACUUUGAUAUUCAAAGUUAGCCGAUUUGGUGCAGGUUACUUCAUUGGCUGUGAUAAGCAUCCUCAGUGCAAGUAUAUUGCUAGAACACUAUAUGGUGAUGACGAUGAUGAUGCAAGUCCAGAAAAUGGGCGAGCUGUAGAGGAGCCGAAGCUUCUUGGUCUGAAUCCAGGCUCAAAUGAAAAGAUUCUAUUGAAGGAUGGUCCAUAUGGUCAUUAUGUUCAGCUUGGUGAAGACAAGAAGGGACACUUGCCUAAACGAGCUUCUGUCUCCCAGAUUUCAGACAUUAGCUCUAUUACCUUGGAAGAUGCUCUUCAGCUACUGCGUUACCCCAUCACUUUGGGAAAACAUCCGGAUGAUGGGCAACCAGUGGUGCUGAAGCUUGCAAGACAUGGAUUAUCGGUAAAACAUAGACGUACACAAGCACCAGUACCAAAGAACACAAGCCCAAAUGACAUAACGCUUGAGAAAGCUUUGAAGUUUUUAACCGGGAAAGAUGCCAAGCAAACUGGACGCCCAAAGAAGAACAAAGACAAGGAACCAGUAGAGAUUUUGUAGUUUUAGGUAUAUAUUGGUUGCUUAUAGCCAUAUUCUCAUUAUAUUUUUGCUGAUCUAUACGGAGAUGUUUCUCAUUACGUCUUCUGAAUAGACGGUUGAAAAAGUCACGAGAUGUAGAAAUAAUAGUGCAGCAACGCAUUCCGAGCCAUUGUAUUAGGUUGAUUCUUUUUCUGCGGCAACGCAAACUCAAGUGUACCUUUUCAAAGUUUCAUAAGGUAAAAGAAAUUCCAUUACAUGUAUAACAAACCUUUCCUGUUA